CAUGCCCGGAACACCUCACCACGGAGGCGUCCAGGAGACUCAAAUUCCUCAUAGGAAGGCAUGUUGGUGUAAUUGAGGAGUUCUUCGAAGUAUUCUCCCCACUGACUCACAACAGCCUGAGUUGAGGUCAGCGGUGUGCCGUCAACUCUGUGUAUAGUGCUGAAAGCCUGAAAUGCCGGACGGUGUCCACCACCUCCUCUGGGAUGUGAUCAAAGUUCUUUCGGACGUGGGAGUUGAUAUUUCUUCUGACAGGGGGAAUCUACCAAGCCGUUUCCAGCAGACCCUCACAAUACCACGGCGGACCGGCAUCUUCCCCCACCAUCAGAGCCAACUCUUCACCAGGUGGUGAUCAGUAUAUAGCUACGGCCUUCUCUUCACCCGAGUCUCCAAGACAUGCAGUUGCAAGUCCGAUGACAUGACCACAAAGUCGAUCAUCAAACUACGACCUAGGGUCUCCUGGUGCCAGGUGGACAUCUGAACACCCUUAUGCCUGAACAUGGUGUUCGUUAUGGACAAUCCUUGAUGAGCACAGAAGUCCAGUAAUCCAACACCACUCAGCCCUUCCAAGUCUCACUCUCAUUUCUCACAUGGGCAUUGAAGUCCCACAGCAGAAUGAUGGAGUCCUCAUAGGGGGUGCUCUCCAGCACCCCUUCUAAGGACUCCAUAAAGGGUGGAUACUCUGAACUGCUGUUUGGUGCAUAAGCACAAACCACAGUCAGGACUCAUCCCCCUACCUGCAGGCGGAGGGAGGCUACCCCCUCAUCCGCCAGGGUAAACCUCAACGUACAGGCCCUGAGUUGUGGGGCAAUAAGUAUACCCACACCUCGGCGUCUCUCCCCGUGGGCAACCCCUCUCAAGAGGAGUGGUGACAGAGCCCAAGCGGUGCGUAGAGGCAAGUCCGACUAUAUCUAGUUGGAACUUCUCGACCUCACGCACCAACUUGUGCUCCUUCCCUGCCAAAGAGGUGACAUUCCAUGUCCCUAGAGCUAGUUUCUGUAGCUGGGGAUCGGAUCGACAAGGUCCCCGCCUUUGGCCACCACCCAGCUCACAUUGCACCCGACCCCUAUGGCCCCUCUCACAGGUGGUGAGCCCAUGGGAAGGUGGACCCAUGUUCCCUUUAGGUCUGUGCCUGGCCGAGCCCCAUGGGUGCAGGCCCGGCCACCAGGCCUGGCUCCAUAGGGGGGCCCGAGUGAUCCAUGUCUGGGCAAGGGAAACCAAGAUCCAAUUUUUGCAGUAAUCAUAGGGGUUUUGGAGUCGUACUUCGUCUGGACCCUCACCGAGGACCUGGUUGCCAUGGGUGACCCUACCAGGAGCAGGAAGCCCCACACAACUUGCCUCUUAGGCUCAUAGGGACACACAAACCCCUCCACCAUGAUAAGGUAACGGCUCGAGGAGGGAUGUAGCAUACAACUGAAAGACAAACCAAGUAGAGGUACAGCUACAGUAUCUGUUUGUUUGAGGGACUGAAUGGAGAUAGGAUUGAAAACUAUGUUCACUGAGUUAUAUUAAAUGUCUUUCCCAAAAUGUUCAUAUACUUUUAAUCUCAUCAGAUUCCAAAUAAUUUUGACAUCGAAGUAUCGCUCAAUAAGUACCCGGUGAUGUACAAGGAGAGUAUGAACACUGUGCUUGUCCAAGAAAUGGAGCGCUACAACACGCUUUGUAGCACCAUCCGUGUUAGUCUUCAGAAUCUGCUCAAGGCCCUCAAGGGUUUAGUGGUAAUGGAUGCUGAGCUGGAGGGAAUUGCAAUUAGUUUGGCAGUGGGCAAAGUUCCAGAGCAAUGGGCUAAACGGUCGUAUCCAAGCCUAAAGCCCCUGGGCAGCUACAUUAAUGACUUUCUCGCAAGGCUCAAGUUUUUGCAGGACUGGUUCAAUAACGGUAAGCCCAGUGUGUUCUGGCUGUCAGGAUUCUUCUUCACUCAGGCCUUCUUAACAGGGGCUACACAAAACUACGCCAGGAAGUACAAUGUUCCGAUUGACCUGCUGGGCUUUGACUUUGAGGUUCUUCCUUUUGAUCAGUCAGACACACCUCCAGAAGAUGGUGUUUACAUUUAUGGGCUGUUUCUCGAUGGGGCUCGAUGGGACAAAGAAAGUGGAGUUUUAAAUGAGCAAUAUCCCAAAAUCCUAUUUGACACAGUGCCCAUUAUCUGGAUAAAACCUACAAAAGACAUCCCAGACGAAUCUGACGGUCGCUAUGUUUCUCCUCUGUACAAGACCAGCGAGAGGAGGGGCACUCUCUCUACAACAGGACACUCCACCAAUUUUGUAGUACCAAUGUUGUUGCCGACUGCCAAGCGCCCUCAGCACUGGAUCAAGCGCGGAGUUGCGCUUCUCUGUCAGCUUGACGACUGACUAAGCACGUUACAGGCUAUCACAGAUUGUUUCAACCAAAUACAAACAACAAUAUAUGUUCAUAUAAUUGGGUAGUUUUUUUAUUGGUUGAUUAGGAACAAAUAUUUUAACCCGAAUAGGGUACGAGCAAUACAUUUUGACACUAUGUAACAAUAAUGACAGGGAUGUAGUCUUUAUCCUCUGCAAAAAGAGGACCGAUAUUACUGCAGCUUACUGAAUUUAGCAGUCCUUCUAUUUAUUUGUAUUAUACUGUUCCCCUGACUCCAGUGACUAAGGCACCCACACAGGAGACUUACAUUAAUCUUGAUGUGCUAAUUUUUUAUACAUUAUAUAGUAUUAAAUAGUA